CAGGUUUGAGCUUUAGAUUCUCCCGAGGAAAGUGAUCCAGGUGCACUACUCCGACUGCUCCGCUUAUCCUCCCCGAAAUCCGACACUCACUGACCCGGUUCCGCGCAUGGUUCAGUGUUUUCCGAGCGUAAAGAAGAGGCAGGGUGAAGAGCUGAGGAGGCGGGCCGAGGAGGAGUUGUCUGUCGGCGGGAGGAGGGCCACCUGUGACCGGGGGAGAGUGCGAGGGAAGAGCGGUGAGUGUGAGCCAGUAUCACCGAGAAUCAGGCAACGGAAGCGGCUGUGAGCUGUUUGUCCGUACCGCGGUCCAAAGUCCACAUGCAGACGGAUAUUUACACAGCUUUCAACAUUUUUACAUGCUCAAGGGAGUGUUUUUACAGCGCAGCUUAAGAUCCUAACCCAGAUUUGGAGAGGAUUUGAGGAGACAAAAGCAGAGAAGUUACCCAAAGGACAGUUACACAGGCUCUUGUGAUUCCUCUCCACAGUCUCCAAACCUGCAGGUGCACAUGAGGACUCCCGCGGGUGCUGCUUGACUGACUGGUUGUGGGCGCAGUCUUGUUGAUCAGUGUCUCAUCUUCUCACCUUAUCCUCUGAGAUGUCUUCCCCUCUGCCCCCCUCUCUGCACCUGCUCCUGCUCUGCUCUUGGGUGGGGGUGGUCCUCUGCUACCCCUUCAGAACACCUGCGGAGCUGGAUGUCACUCCACGCAUCACUGUGCCCGUCCAAGGUCUCCAUGGCUGCCGGCGGUUCCGCUCUUCCACGGUGAACCACAGCGUCCUGUUGCUGCAGCCUGACAGCGAGCGCCUGUACGUGGGGGCUCGCGGGGCCGUGUUCGCCCUCAACGCCUCCGACAUCUCAUCCGGCUCCCCUCUCCAGAUUGAGUGGGAAGCGUCUCCUGAGCAGAAGCAGCAGUGUCUGACCAAAGGAAAGGAUAACAAGACCGAGUGCUUUAAUCACAUCCGAUUGCUUCAGCGAUUCAACUCAACCCAUCUGUACAUGUGUGGGACUCACGCCUUCAGACCUCUCUGUGCAUACAUAAGUGAGAAAAGAUUCGAGAUGUCCUCCCCUGAAGACGGACGAGACAAAUGUCCAUAUGGUCCCACCACUGGAUACACAGGCCUGAUUAUAGACCAACAGAUCUACACAGCUUCUCAGUAUGAGUUCCGGAGUUUUCCAGAUAUCCGGCGCAACUCUCCGUCUCCCACACUGAGGACGGAGGACGCACCCACGCGCUGGCUCACCGAGGCAGACUUCGUGGGCUCGGCGCUGGUGAGAGAGAGCCCCGACAACCCGACUAAAGACGACGAUAAGAUCUACUUUUUCUUCACCGAGAGCACGGAGGACCGGAGCGCAGCCUACAGCAGCAGUAGCAGGGUGACACGGGUGGCACGGGUCUGCAAGGGCGACAGGGGGGGUCACCUGACACUACAGAAGCGCUGGACGUCCUUCCUCAAAGCUCGCCUGCUGUGCUCCCUGCCCGAGUUCAACUUCCAGUUUAACAUGCUGCGCAGCGUGUACAUCCUGCCAGCUACUACGCCUACAAACACACUUGUCUUUGGCAUCUUCGGACUGGAGUGGAAGAACGUCAAAGCCUCUGCAGUUUGUCGCUUCUCUCUGUCUGAAGUGGAGAAGGCUUUCCAAGGGCCCUAUAUGGAAACGCAGGAUUCCGGCUCCAAGUGGAAAGAGUACAGUGGGAAGAUACCCGACCCCCGGCCCGGAACGUGCAUCACAGACUCUCUGAGGGCCCGGGGCAUAAACAUGUCUACCUCUCUCCCAGACGAGGUGCUGGACUUUGUGAGGAGGCACCCUCUCAUGUCCCUGCCGGUCCAGCCCACAGACCGGAGACCCCUGCUGGUCAGGAGGACCACCGACUACACACAGUUAGCAGUGCAUGUGACCCAGGCUGUGGAUGAACAGGAGUAUCACGUAUUGUACUUGGGCACCGAUGACGGCUGGCUGCACAAGGCUGUCCAAGUGCAAGGUCAACUGCACAUAAUAGAGGAGCUGCAGCUGCUGGAGGAGCCCGAGCCUGUGAGCAGUGUUCUCGUCUCCACAGAGCAGAUGAGUGUGUAUGUGAGCUCUCCGUCAGGUGUGCUCCAGCUGCCCCUGUCCUCCUGCCCCCGCUACACGUCCUGUUACGACUGCAUCUUCUCUAGAGACCCCCACUGUGCCUGGGACGGGGACAGCUGUGUUGACAUCCUGCCUCUGGCUAACAGAUCUGCUUUAAUCCAGGACAUCCAACAUGGCACCCGAGGAUGUGAGAACUAUCAUCAAGCGGUGGUGGAGAAGAGGAGGUCAGUGCGUGUGGGCGACGACGUGCUCCUGCAGUGUGAACUCACCUCCAACCUAGCGUCCCCCGCGUGGAGCCAGGACGGGCGCGACCUGCAGGGCUACGGUCUCAGCUCAGGGGUCCGCACGGGCACGGACGGCCUGCUCAUCAUCGACGCCAAACCCGACCAAAGUGGGCUCUACACCUGCUACAGCGUGGAGAACGACAUCCGGGUGCCUGUCGUAUCUUAUAACAUAACCGUUCAAGUCGACAUGCCUGCUGUGCACAAUAUCGAACCUAUUGAGGAUUUUAACAUAUUCACGUUACCGACACCAGAGGAGACUAUUUCAACAGAGCGCACUCUAACACCACUCCCCGCACCACUCCCGCCCACCUCCAACCUCCUCGACCCGAAAAACAUGGAGGCUUUGUAUCUGACCCUAAUCACCAUUCUCGGAGGUCUGUGCAUCGUGUUAACUGUUGUGCUACUUUACGUCGGAUUCUGUCUACGCGUUGGCAACAGGGGGAAGUAUUCGUUGCGUGCCGCCGCUGCCGCCUACCCUCCUAACAAAAGAGGAAACAAAAACAGGAAGCACCGAAGCUCCAUGGAGCUGAAAACGAUCUCAUCACAUUGUAAUGGCUAUGCUAAUGGUACCGCCAAGCAUCACAACGGAGAUAUUCAAAAUGACGGUUUUCUCCAGAUUGUGCCAGGAGAAGGGCACACGACGCCCAAUAGGGAUUCACCACCACCGGCCCCACCCCUUCCGCCAACGCCUAAUCACAUGUCUCCUGAUUGUGACUUCACUAACGGGCUCUCGACGACGUUACCUAGCAUGCUUCGAAGAAUAAACGGAAAUAGCUAUGUGCUACUAAGACAGAGUGAUUCAGCUAACACAUCGCCGAACGGAUAUUCCUUCACAGAUGAGCUGAAUAAGAUGUUAGAAAAGAGAAAACACACACAGAUACUACCCAGGCCAGACGAGAGCUCUGUGUAGCGCCACCUAGUGGUGGGAGGACUGCAUUUUUUUAAGUCUGGUGCUUAAGUGCCUAUUAGGUUUAUCAUUGCCAAGGACAAUGAGCUGAAUUUUGAGGUACGCUUUAAGACAUUCCUGCUUUCAAUUCCACUCAAAAAAAUUUUAAUUGGUUACUAAAGAUUCUACCUCAUCACAAUCCAGCCCAGAGGAACACAACACCGUCAUUAUGCAGUUUUAAAAUCUCAAGCACAAACAGUACUACAGACUGUAUUGACGACAUAGGAGUACAGUGCGUGAUGGACUUGCGCUACUGAGACACCAUAUUUGGGCGUGAUGAGGGAACCGGAGGGCAGCUAGCCAAAGUUUGUUUGCACUGACAACUACACAGAUGGCCUAUGCAUUUUUAAAGAGUGUCAUUCAGUCUUUAUAAAUAUUUAGUGAACCAAGAGCCGAAGAGGACUUUGGUUUGCAGUGUUUUUAAUCAAAUCAACAGACUAACUGCGACUUUACAGUAGACACCAGCUACUUUUAAAAUGGUGAACUAAUCAUUAUUUAAUGAGGUUGAAGUGUGGCUAUAACUAUGUGAAUAUAAAUGGAUAAUUAAUAUAUAACUGGCAAUUUGUUAACAUAAAUUGUUAAUAUAUUGUGUUAUUUCUAUAAAGAAUUUAAUGUUUUGAAUAGAGAUUAUUUCACCAUUUUUAAUAACCCAAAUUGACAGCUCAUGUUUAUGUCAGUAUUAACUUUCGAAAGAAGCACUUUAACGGUAUCGAUGAAGGAUUUUUUCAAAUUAAAUGAAACAACAAAUGAACUUUUUCGUGGAUGUUUCAAAAUCGAAUACACAUUUCUUUGGAACUUUUCAAUUGGAUAUGGAGGCCCAGUUGGAUGUGGGACUCGUACUACAGACUACAAGGAUGUGAUCACCUGAGAGCAGAAGAGAGAGGGGGAGUGCAGCCCACCAUAAACCAGAAAAAGGGCUGAUGUCCACCACUCUCCACAGACCAGUGACCGAGGACCUUUGUAAUGAUCCACCCCCACAAUCCACAAAAAGCUAACGCCCGAUCCAAAGUCCUGGCCUAGUCCAAUUCCACGUCCUGGGCCAGUCCAAUUCCACGUAAUUCCACAUCCUGGCCCAGUCCAAGUCCACGUCCUGGCCUAGUCCAAUUCCACGUCCUGGCCUAGUCCUCUCCAGUCGGAAACCAGCCUCUUCGAUCAAAUUCUACACAAAUGACUCUUUUUGUUCUUGCUGCAUGAAUCCUGCUCCGUCACUGUUGUUUUCAAAGAACGAUAUCGUAAAAAGAAAAGUGCCAAGGUUUUUGCCGUUACUGCUUCGUGAGCCAGUUUAUGAAAGUGAAAAAUCAAAGUGUAUUUAUUGUGGAGUUUGUACGUCCUGUGUUGGAGGUUCUUGUCGAUUUUGACGUUAAAAAAGUGCCACUUGGUGAGACUUGGGCCCCCUUCAGACCUGGCAAAAUGUGACAAAUGACUGGAAUGUAAACAGUUAAAUGUACAAAAUUAUGUAACACAGAUUUUUGUUUUUUUAAUGUUGUUCACAAAUCAAAAGUAAUGGAUCUAUUUCUCCCUGUUUUUUCACAACUUUAAGAGGUAGACAUGAUUAUUAAUCUUAAGAACUGAAAGGUCAAAAUCAUUUAAAGUCACAGUAUGUAACUUUUUAGCCAAAAUAGACUAAAAUAAAAUGUUGUUUUUU